AUGGUAAAUUAUAAGUCCAACUUUCUGGAGUUCCCUUUAAUUCCAAAAUCAGAAACUUUGAGUCGACCUAAGGAACUCGAUCGCACAAAAGGCACUGAGCUCCACGUCGUGACCUCGUUGGAGGCCCUUCGGGGUGCGCAAGCUGACCGGGGGCUGCACUGCGAUCCCGAAUGUGAAGGCGCUGUGGGCAAGAAAGUUUACGUGGACGAGGUGUUCUACCAAAAGCUCCAAGUGUACUACCCUGAGAAUCCACCCCCUAUUGGGCCGGAGCUGUUGCUUGCGGGCAGCGCUUUCCAAGAAUUGUGGUGCCCCACCGGGAUGUACGACGGCUUAUGGGUUUAUGGCCUGCUGUUUCUCUGGAUCUGCGGCCAGAUGUUGGGCCCGUAUCUGAUCCUGCCCCGCAUUGUCCGGUUGCGACUUCACGCUGAGAUGCAGCGCGAGGUGGAUGCUGGGCGAUGCCAAAUCUACCCAAUGGCCUUGGCUGGAGCUACUUGGCAGCAUUUUGCCACGACAGAGUUCAUCGACCACCGGAACCAAGCCUGGAAGAGCUUCCCUACUCUCGAGCUCGUGUUUUGCGUGAUCGCAGUCAUUGGAGUCUCUGUUGGAGCUGGCGUCUUUUUUCUUUCCUGGGUCGCUGUCCCGAUUGUUUUUGUUUGUGGGCUUGUUAUCCGUCUGACACACUCGAUCUACGCAUCUGUGCGCUUGCGCAAGCGUUUGCUUCUGGGCCGUGCUGAGCUUUUCUUCUGCGCUGCGCCAGCGGCGAAUAUGGUGUCCAUAAUUUGCGACGGCCGUGUGUUCUUCUACAAAAACAUAGGCGACAUUCCACAGCGACCCCCUGACGGCCUAGUGUGGUAUAGCUAUGAGACCAUGGCCGUGGCUAGAACGCAGCUGAUUGCGCGCAGCAACACCGACGACGAAAGCACGCCCAGCUGGUACUUGAACAUCAUCUAUGGCAGCUGCUUCAGCAAAUUGAGGCACAAUUCUUGGAACGUCGGAUCGAAGCUGUUCCCCGUGGAUAACGCCUGUGUGCAUGAUUUCCAGAGCUGGCUUGCUGAUCCAGAGAGGAGGUGGCUCUUUCGCUGUGAGGGAGCUACAGCCCGACCGCAGAGCUUCAUGCAACCCACCGACGAGACUUUGCGGACGCCCUUCCACAUGCCGGCCGGGGACAUGCGGACGCCGCUGAGCCCGAACACUAUGAUGUUCACUGCAGACGUGCAGAAGGUGGACGCCUUGUACAAGGUCACGAUGAUUUCCAUGUCAGGCGAGGAGGCAGCCAGUUUCAAGUUUACUGAGGGGCACACGCUCUCGGAUGUUCUGCACCGUGUUGCCAGCAGGCGAGAUUUCCGAGACCAUCAGGUCAAGAUCGUCCUCAGUGACGGUACGCAGCUCGGCAACAUGGACCCACGCAUGUCCCUUCCAGCGUUUUUCGAGAAGGCCCGAGCCAGCUGA